CUUCGAAUUCAAAACACUCGUUGCGGAAUUCGGUGUCAAAAAUGGGGUUCUUCUCAAAGGUGAUGGGGAACCAAAUUCUGGCUUUUAUAGUACUUUCACUUCAUUUUGGGAGUAGUUUUGCCAGGGAAAGGCAUGGGAAACAUUGGGAGAGCGGUCAAAGUAAAAUUAAGGGAGUGAAAAUAGGGGGAGGAGGAGUAGAGGAUCAUCUAGUGACGGACUUGCCGGGCCAGCCGGCGGUCGAUUUCAGGCACUUUGCGGGUUACGUUCCGGUGGACGAGAGGAACAGAAGGGCACUCUUUUAUUGGUUUUUUGAGGCUGCCACUUCUAGCCCUGAAGAGAAACCUCUUGUUCUUUGGCUUAAUGGAGGUCCUGGGUGCUCUUCUGUGGGAUAUGGUGCAACACAGGAAAUUGGACCUUUUAUAGUGGACACCAAUGGCCAUGGACUAAAGUCCAAUCCCUACGCUUGGAAUAAGGAGGCCAACAUGUUAUUCCUGGAAUCUCCGGUUGGUGUGGGCUUUUCAUACUCAAACACAAGCAGUGAUUAUGAUAUCCUAGGAGAUGACUUUACAGCGAAUGACGCUUAUACAUUCCUCCACAUGUGGUUUGUAAAGUUCCCGGCCUAUCGAACACAGGAAUUUUACAUUGCUGGAGAAAGCUAUGCAGGAAAAUAUGUGCCGGAGCUGGCUGAGCUCAUCCAUGACAAGAACAAGGAUCCUUCCCUUCAUAUCAAUCUCAAGGGUAUCUUGCUAGGUAAUCCCGAAACAUCGUAUGCUGAGGACUGGAUGGGGCUAGUGGAUUACGCAUGGAGCCAUGCAGUGAUCUCUGAUGAAACCCACAAAGUGAUCAGAAAGAGCUGCGACUUCACCAGCAACAAUACAUGGAGCAACGACAAUUGCAGCAAAGGCGUGGACGAAUUACUCGAUCAGUACAAGCAGAUUGACAUCUAUAGCCUCUACACGUCGACGUGCAUCAGAGAUUCGGCGAGCUCAGAUGACAAGUCGUACCAACUCAUGAUGAAACGCACAUCGAGAAUGAUGCCAAGGAUAAUGGGUGGGUAUGACCCAUGCCUGGAUGAGUAUGCCAAAGCUUUCUACAACAGGCCUGACGUUCAAAAGGCCCUCCAUGUCAGCGAUGGACUUCAUCUCAAGAAUUGGAGCAUUUGCAACAUUAAAAUAUUCAAUGACUGGUCAGACUCCAAGCAAUCUGUCCUUCCAAUAUACAAGAAGCUUAUUGCGGCAGGGCAUAGAAUUUGGGUCUACAGUGGGGACACGGAUGGGAGAGUCCCAGUGCUGUCCACGAGGUACAGCUUGAGCUCUCUGGGUUUGCCCAUCACCAAGGCUUGGAGGCCCUGGUAUCACCAAAAGCAGGUGAGCGGUUGGUAUCAAGAGUACGAGGGGCUUACGUUCGCGACAUUCAGAGGGGCGGGUCAUGCCGUGCCGGUCUUCAAGCCGAGUGACUCGCUUGUGCUCUUCUCUUCUUUUCUCAACGCGCAAGCUCUUCCAUCUGCUCGUUGAGGAAAUGGCAAGAAGAAGGAAACGAGCAAAAGGAAGAGUCUUUCGUAUGAACUCAAUAAUUUUCGAAACAGUUUAAGGCUACAUAUAUAGCAGGGAGGAGCACAAGUAGGAGAAUAAAAUAGGGUUUGAAACUUUCAGUUUUGGCAGCAGUGAAGUUGGAGAGAAAGGUUGUUGCAGUUCUACUCCUUUCAGUCUUCAGUGGCAGUCUCAGUCAUAAUCCUCACUCUAGAUCUGUUCUGAAUAUCGAUUUCCAUUCAACACUUAUGGAAAUGUGAUAAAUUCAAAAUGGAAACCUCAAUCUUCAAAAUGUUUCGAUAGAAACUAAUGAAAUUCCUACAUUAAAUCAAUCGAGUAAGACUGGUGAAUGUUCUCGUAACCUCGGAGCCGCUUUGAAUACUCAUUUACGCUGGAAAUAUAUCAGGACAUCGGGAUUGCAGAUGC